CACUGUUAUGUUAUGUCAAAUAAAAUAGCAAGCAUCAAACCAGGCUGUUGUUGUGAGUGUGUUGAAUUUGCGGAAAAAUAAAUUUUAAUAAUGGCCGAAAAACCGCCAGAAGAAGGCUAUAUAUCAGUUGUGGACGAAGAGCCAGAGAUAUUUGAAUUGCUGAAGUGGGACAAUCCUCCCACUCAGAAACAACAAGAUGCCAGACCUAUGGAAAAGGCACAUAGUCCCGAAAAAAGGCCUCCGAAGGCCCGGGAAGAGUGUGACCCAUUUGAUAUGCAAGAUCCAGCGUUUAUUGAGAUGUUCAGAUUGAGAAAAGAUUUAGUAAGGAGUCUGUGCGAUGAAUUGAAACCAGUAAUGCCAGAUUCAAUUAAAUCAAUUGAAUUCUCAGUUGAAAGCAAGGUGCUGGCAACCCUUUCAUUUUAUGCUAGUGGAAAGUUCCAAAAGACUAUUGGAGGAAAGUCAGACCCAGCCAUUACACAAUACUUUGUGGGCACAGCGAUACAGCAGGUCACAGAAGCUAUGAACCAUCCUACUAUUGUCAAGAAAUACAUGCACUUUCCACAUCUCAGGAAUGAAAGAGAUGUUGUUAAAACUAGAUUUUAUAUAAAGCACGGUAUUCCAAAUGUCGUGGGCUGCAUUGACUGCACACAUGUACCUAUUGCUCGACCAGAUGAUGACCAGAAGAUCCAUUUCAAUAAGUCUUUCCAUUCCAAAAAAGUACAGAUUAUAUGCGAUAGUGAGUGCAAUGUGAUGAGUGUGGAUGCGAGCCCUGGCGGGUCGAUGUCGUACGAUGCGAUCUUCAACCGCCACGCCGUCAAGAAUGAUCUGCUGAGUCUCAAUCACUCCGGGGAGCAGUGCUUCCUUAUUGGCGGUCCAUACUACACACAAAAACUGUACCUUAUGACGCCAAUACCGAAAAUAACCAAAAAAUCUCCUGUGUCACCAGAGAAAUACUAUUCCAACAUCCACAGUCAAGCAUUCAACUCUGUGACUGAGACAAUCAAACAACUGAAAAGCAGGUGGAAAUGUCUUCAAGCCACAUGUAACAAACAGUUUGACCCCUCAUCUGUAGCACAAAUGGUUGUCGCUUGCUGUAUUCUACACAAUAUUUGCAACAGGCAAGGGUUGCCUGUGCCGCAGAUGACCCAGACAGAGGAGAGGUUAGAAGCUAUGAAGCAGAAAGUUGCAAACGGUCCUGUGCCAAGGAAGCAAGCCGAAGACCAGAGUGGGAUUCAAGCGAGAGCCACUUUAGUGGAGAGGCUGUGGAACGAAAGGCGGGUAGUGCCAGAAAGUUCCGCUCCGAAGAAACGUAUGUCGAAGAAGGACAGGUUAUUAGAAGGCUAUCAGAACCCGCAAACACAGAGUCAUCAAAGUACUCAUCAGAACAAUGUGCAGAGCUCGCAGUUGGUGCCGGCGCCGACGCCGCAGAUGCACCACGACGACGGCAGCAAGCGGCCCAGGAUCCUCUCCAUGCACUGCAACCCCACUUACAGCCUCAGUAUGGCUCCUGGCUGGGGACACUAUCCCCAGCAGUGAGGAACUGUUUAUAAAUUAUCUAAAGUAUGUUAAAGUGUGGAAAUACUUGAGUGACGGGUCAAUCAGCAGAUUUUAUGGAGUUAAAAAAUUAUAUACCUUUAUCCAUGCUGGACCAUGAGAUACUUGGAAAUUGUUAACUCGAGUGCACGCCAGUGCUGAAGGAGUGAAAGUUUUCAUUGAGACAUUUUUGUUAUUGAAAUUUACAUGUCAAAUAAAAUAUUACUAGGUUCAGUGACGUAAAAUAACUAUUGUUAUGUGGAGGAGCCAUUGUUUUAGGUCCUUAUUUUUUAAGUUAUUCUAUUUUCUUACAGUAUGAGACAUGAAAUAAGUCCCACAAGAUAGCGGUGUUACUGUCGCUUUACAAGAACAGCGUGGUUGAAUUGAUUUUGAUAGUUCCACUUAUCGCAUAGGGAUGUGUAUUGUGGCGCGGACUCUGUCUUGCACACAUUAAAAUGUUUUUAUGCAAACUGACACAUAGACGAUCGGCCAGGUAAAAGUGCCAAUCGUUCAAAAUAAUAAGUAGAAAUUAAACAAAAUGUAUUAUAUAUAGUGAUAUAUUUUCUUCUAUAUACUAUUUGAAUGAAUACAACAAGUAUUAAUUGAUCUGUUUAUAUUAUAAUUGAGUUUCAGCUAAAUAAAGAAAACAGUAUUGUUUAUAUACAAAACUGUACAUACAUGACAA